AUCCAAUCGAGCUGAAAGAAAACGAAAAAAGAGAAAAAUUAAUAAAAUCUUCAUCUUCUCCGGCGGUGUACUUGCGAGAGGUUUAGGGGAAAGAUGCCGAAGAGGACAACGCACACAUACUCUAGCGAAGACGCAGUUACUGACGGUCCCAACUCCGAUCUCUUCGUGUAUUACUGCAAGCACUGCAGCUCUCAUGUCCUCAUCUCCGGCAAGGGUAAGGUCUGUGUACAUCCUACCCUGCUCAGACCCCACUUGUGGCCCGUCGGAUUACACUGGAAAAUGCCAAAAAGGAAAACCGACAAGGCAUAUGUAUUGGAUAAAAAAAAGUAUCUCGCAAGACUGAGUGUAGAUGAUGCGGGGAAAGUUCUUCUAAAGCGUGGUGAAGGGAAAAUGGAGAAACAGUUUCGGAUGUCCUGUAAGGGAUGUGGCCUGUUUGUCUGCUAUCGGGCAGAAGAAGAUCUGGAGACUGCCUCUUUCAUAUAUGUAGUUGAUGGGGCACUUAGCACUAUUGCGGCUGAGACAAAUCCACAGGAUGCUCCUGUACCACCAUGUAUAUCACAGUUAGAAGGUGGCCUUGUGCAAGUGGCGAUAGAAGUCGAGGACCGUGCCCAACGGUCAGCAAUUACAAGAGUGAAUGCAGAUGAUGUUCGGGUCACUGUAACCGCACCUGCAGCUCGUGGGGAAGCUAAUAAUGAACUUCUGGAAUUCAUGGGCCGAGUACUGGGUCUGAAAUUAUCUCAGAUGACUCUCCAAAGAGGAUGGAAUAGCAAAUCAAAGCUUCUUGUAGUGGAGGAUUUGACAGCUAGACAAGUAUACGAAAAACUCUUGGAGGCUGCCCAACCUUGAGAUGGCUCCCAGAUCCUAAUAGUUUUUCGUAGUCAUUUUCUCCAUGUUUGUAACAUUGAAACUUCAGUUUCCCAAAAUUGAAUUCAGUUGUCUAUGCAUCCGUUGUUCUGAUCUUAUUGGAAGUUCUUGGUUCCUACUUAGCAGUACUUACCUGCAAGGGUUCUUCUUCUCCCUACUGAUUUUCAGGGGAAUGUUUGUAUUCAUCUACAAAUGUCUUCUUUGCAAAUGUUUAGCUCUUGCUGAUUUAACUUUUAA